CCAGUCCCUGCAAAUAGAACUGCAAAACCAAAAGCAGCAUUCGUUGCACUCGUACGCGAAAGACAAUUACAUGGAUUAAUGAUGACAAUGCGUGAUUUACAAAUUACAUUCAACGAGCAGCCGGACAAUAAUUACAAAUACAUCUUCUUGUCCGAAAAGCCAUUUACUCCCUUUUUCAAAAAUCGAAUGGCUGCUUUCUUGCAAGAUUUCCCUUCGCCGCCGGAAGUGGAAUAUGGACUUGUUCCGAAAGAAGAUUGGGACAUUCCAAGUCAUAUCAAUAUGACCAAAGCACAAGAACGUUGGAAUCGAAUGUCAAAAACGAGAAUUCCUUAUGGAGGCAGUAAAAGUUAUCGUCAAAUGUGUCGAUUCUAUUCGAAUACUAUCUUCUUUCAUCCCCUUUUGAAAGAUUUAGAUUAUGUUUGGAGAAUCGAGCCUGAUACAAAACAUUUGUGCAAGUACGUUUCACACUACAAGAAAGGUUCAGACGGUGUGUUGCGUUGGGUCGAACGCGAUCCUUUCCGUUAUAUGAAAGAGCAUGGAAAAAAGUAUGCAUUCUCAAUUGCAAUGAAAGAAUACGCUGGUUCUGUUAGAACUCUAUUCAUUCAUGUGAAUACAUGGAGAUGGGGAAAUCCGCAUCUGAUCCCAAAGGAUAAUCUCAGAAAAUUUGUUUCUGAUGACGAUAAAGGAUACAACAAGUGUCAUUUCUGGACCAAUUAUGAGAUAAUCGAUCUCUCUUUCCCACGAUCAGAGGGCUAUCAGUCUUUCUUUAAUCAUCUUGAUCAAGUAGGAGGCUUCUUUUACGAAAGAUGGGGAGAUGCGCCAGUGAGAAGUAUAGCCGCUUCAUUGCUUCUCAACAAGGAUCAGAUAUGGCAUGUCGAUUAUGCAGGCUAUUAUCAUCCACCUUAUGGUACAUGUCCACGAGUACCAGAUCCCGGAGCUCAGUGCGCAUGUGACCCCCAUGUCAAUUACGAUUACGAUGCAUCACACAUCAGUUGCAAACCUCAAUGG